AUGGAUAAGAGGCUAUAUAUGUGGUGGUGGAUAUGGUAUGUAUCACUUGUGGCGGCAUUGAGUCCGUUUGAGGAGUUUGGGUUUGGCCUGGAGGCUCAAAACCUAACUGUGAGGAGCGAUGAGUACGGCGAAGGCAUGGCUAAGUCAAGUGGUAUUCUCAAUCCUGAUAACAUUUACGAAUGGACACCAAUCGCUGGAAAUAUCUCAGUCGGUGAGCGAAAUGUUUUUGUCUUUACGGUCAAUAUGAACUCAACUGGCACUGGAUUUCUACCAACUUAUGAGAUCCUGAUCUUUCUCAGUGGUAAUAUCUGUCAGCAGCCGAAUGAUAUCGGUGAUAGGGUUUUAAGAGUUUCCUAUUCAUUCAACGAGUCAGUAACGACCAAUUCCUCUGUGGGUCAGCACACGACUUUCCAAGAUGGGUAUAUGCAGGCCCUUGCGGUGAGCCCGCUGACCGUAUCGGACUCAAACGCUACAGCGGAAUAUUCCUACUUAUAUGUUGUCGUUGAGCCGGUGGACUCUAAAACGAAUUUACCUCUCACGGCAGAUGCAGAUCCCUCUGAUGACAUUUGGGAGUAUAAAUUGAGUAUAUCGGAAAAUGACUUGGUGUAUCAGUGGGAUACUAGGCCGUGGCUGGACGUCCUAGAUACAGAUUACAACUCUGCGCUUCUCGCUACAGGGAAUGUCACAGCUGAUGCACAACAGUUUUCCAACUAUUCGAUUUAUGAUAUUUCUCUUUAUGAUCUCUACGUUUAUUCCUUUGAGGACUCCCUGAAACUAGCUUCGAACUUGAAUAUCUCCUUAUGCGCCGUCACUAGUGGACCAUAUUUGGUUUCAUCUGUAGAUUCGAAUCAAACCAAGGGAGAAGACCAUCAGUUGGAAGAAACUGACCUACUAAUUGGUAAAUCACUGACAAAUCGUAGAGGUACGGUUCAAGAACAGUUCUACAUUACUGGGCUGAAUAGCUCCUCUACAUAUGUGGCUUACUUGACCAAGAAGAUUGGUAAGAAAGGCAACUUAUCUGAUGUCGGUGGUGUCCUUUUCUCAAAACAACUUUUCACGACAAGAGACAGUAAUUCCUGUUCACUGAUAUUUGGCUUAAAUUUCUGUUAUGGAGUAGCAUACUCAGUUCCUUCUCCAUCCAUUGCCCCCAACAAUAAGACGUCAAUUGCGGGGACAUAUGAUCAUAUCGCAGAGUCGCUAUAUGCAAACUUCAGUAAAGCUCUGCAAAUUAUAACGUGCGACUCCGAGUUGGAUGCCAGAUACUCUCCAAUCCGAUCAUGUAAGGAUUGCGCAACCUCUUAUCGUAACUGGUUAUGUGGUGUGACAAUUCCCAGGUGUACGAAUACCAAAUCCGAGUACUACGUUCACAGAGAUGAAGGUGAAAAUAGAAAUGACUAUUUGGAUGACUAUCUCACCCCUAUAGACGACUACUAUGAAAUUUUACCUUGCAUAGACAUGUGCUAUGCCAUCGCUCGUGAUUGCCCAAGCGACUUUGGCUUUUCAUGCCCAUCUAUGGACGAGAAGAAGAUCGGACCACAAAGCAGCUACAGCUUCUUCAAUCCUGAUUAUCCACUUGACACCUGCAAUUUCAUCGGUAAUAGUACCGAACUAUAUACCAAUCUGAACAUAUAG